GUAACCCAAAGUCGUAGUGCCAUGCUCGAAGAUGCGGCGUUUUCCCGCCAUCACCCUCUCCCUGUGUAUGUCUAACAGACAGCAGUAUAUAUUUUUGGCAAGCCGGAUUACAACUUUUCAAUUCCUUAAGGGGAAACAGUCCAUUUGUUUUUGUACUUAUUCAAAUACUAGAAACGUGUCUCGGAGCACCUGCCACGCCAUCUACCUUCUUAAGGCUCCCCAAUGGCUUUGGUCGGCUGGUGGUGCCCUCAUCAGACGACGAUGCUCACAACUCGAUAUUUCCCCUGAUACUUCGAUAAUUUACACCUCACGAUUGUAGUGACACAGGGCUGUGUGGCUGUUGGCCAACGUUGUUGGUAU